GGCAGCUCCUGAAAAGGCGGCUCAACCCCGAGCGCUUCCUGAAAGAGUGUAAGCUGACAUGAACACAUAAAGCAGCAAGCCUUCUCUUAAAGACAUUUUUCUCUGCUAAACGAUUUGGCGCAUGUUCAUAUUCGCUUGGCAAUUUUUUUGACAGCGAAGUCAAACAUUGAUUGCUUGUCACGGCAACGGCGACCUCAAGGGGAUGGUGUCGCGGCCAGCAAUUCUGAGGAAGACUGGACGCAUUUUUGUGUAAGAAAAGGCCGGACUAACCUUUCAGUUUACGUAACAUCAAAGUUUUCCCCACCGAAAUAUCGCGCCAUCACCCGUUUUGCUGCCGCGGUGACGUCUACGUUUCAUGCGAUUUGCUACAGUGUGGUACCCGCAGAGCUGCAGACUGACCCUGCGCCGCGCAACAAAUGCACCACUUCGUAGGAAUGAGAACAUAGUUUCUGUAUCCCCUUGUACACAACUUGCUUUGCCAUGGACGAAUCAAUCAAUGUGUCAGGGCCGACGGGAACCAGCAACCAUAUGAGCUCCGAAGAUCUACCCAAUGAAAAUGAGCCUCCGGCUACCUCUCAACCAGGUACCAGCAGUCUGGCACAACUGCAAACAUUGACCUCCGCGUUAACUCCGGACAACAGUUCGUCUUCCCCAAGUCGAAGAAUGUCUACACCGCUACCAGAGACGUUACAGUCGUCUGAUGUUGACCCGAUCUCGGAUUCGGCCCAUGACACAGGCAGAAGUGAAAUCAGCAAAAGUAGUUCUGAGUGUUCUAGUCGCUCUUCGAACAAGGUGGGUGAAAUGCUGUUGAACGACAUCGAAAAUGUUGCGACUGACGAAAAAUGUGCAGAGGCGGACGCUACAUUGGGUUCGAGUCAACUAGAGGACCAGCGUUCCCCCCGGGAUGGAGAUGCGUUGGCUGCAACCGAAAACACAGUGCAGCCUCAGUCUGGCUGCGCUCCUCUAUCCUCGAACAAUGGGUCGUCUUCACCGACCCAGAGGAAGUAUACUGGACUGGCAGAGGAGUUCCAGCCAUCCGAUGAUGAUCCGAUCCAGGAAUCGGCCCAUGCAAGAGAUAGGACUGAACCCAGCAGAGUUAGUUCUGAGGGUUCUAGUGGAUCUUCCGACAAGGGGGGUGAAAUGCUGUUAAACGACGUCGAUAAUGCUGCGCCCGAGGGAAAAUGUUCAGAGACGGAUGAUGUUAUGCACUCCACCUCAGCGCUGUGCCCAUGCCUCCUCCAGGAUAGGAAUAUAUCAAGCCCCUCGAAUUCCAGUCUAAUGUGUAUUGGCAACGAGAAUACUCUUGUUGAUGGAAACGCAACCGAAGCAGUUGUACAACAGCCCACGUCUCAGGGUUUUGGACUUCUUCCUGAUGGCGCGGGGAUGACGAGCGAAUUGCAGUCGCUUGAUAAGGGAGCACAAAUAGACGAAAUAGGGAACCAAGAAGCAUCAGUCGUAAACGAAGGUCAUGCAGAUGAACCGGAGUCUGGCAAGAGCCCUUCUGUUGAGUCUGGGCAGCCGAAUGCUGACGCGGAGCCAGCGAUGGGAGAUCUGGAAUCAAAUCCAUCGCUAGAAAGCUCUUCUUCGCCUCUCAAGAUAGAGAAUGGUGGAUCAGCUACCAAGGUUCCCGUGCCAGUGUCAGCUGGUGACCAGGAUGGCUAUGAAUACUUGUCAAUGAAAGAGAAGCUGCAGAUGUUCGAGGAGAUAUCCAAACAGCGCAGUUCGGAGCUGCUCAAAUCGUUUUCGUCGGUUAGUUCUCGGCGAGGUGACUUCGCUUCUCGAAGUUCUAUCCGCACAGACGUCAGCCCCCGGAUAUGCGAUCCACCGUCCGAGACGGCGGUUCGGGAAAGAGAUGAACAGAUUGCAAAACUCAGUGGCCUGUUAAAACAUCGUAUGGACACGCUAGGUGCUGUCGGUAGCGAGCUCGAAAAGAAGGAGAAGACUCUGGAGAUGAUCCGAGAGGAAAACGCAUACCUCACUCGAGAGUUUAUGGGUAGAGUAGCAGCAACCGGUCAAGAGCAGCCGCUUCCAACGCUGCCAAGUCUUCCGAGGUCUGACGUUGCGACUUCUUGGCUCGCUCAAGAAGCUCGAAAUGAGGAGGCACGCCAUGACGCAGCCUUAAGGUCCUCAAUGGUUUCCUGUGGUCCCCGUACGCUGCCCGUGUCCGCUGAGGCACCAGAUAGUCCCGCACCUCCGGAGACCCUUGACCAGCCUGAAGCGUCAUCCUCCGCGGAGUCUUCUAAGCAGGCUUCCCGUCAGGCCAGCAGCAUCUCCAGCGGAAAUCGGUCUUUCUCCAGUCGUAACGAGAGUCCCAUGUCAAUCAAACAGUCACGUGGAGAUUCGGUGGAGCGAAAACAGCUUCGAACACGCCAGAGAGCGCAGGAUGACACUGCGGUGGUCUGUCCUCCACUACAAGAAAAGCUGAAGUUGUUCGAAGACCUUCAGAGCAAGGAAAAGAUGGAGGACCGACAGAAGCCCACAAGAAUAGCUACCGGCGGCGGGCUGGCCAAAUCGACUCAGGAACAGCCUCCCCUUGAGAGGGACACAGCUGCACGACCGAAGGACAGCUUGGGGGGUGCUACCCAACAUCCGUUUCUAGCGGCGAAAGACGCUGAAAUCGCAAGGUUGAUUGCUCUGGUGAGACAUAAAGAGAGUCUUAUCGACUUGGCGCAGCAGGGAGUUGCUCAAAAGGAAGAGGAGAUCCUGGCGGAGUUGGCAGAGAAGUUCUCUCUCUCAAGAGAUUACAUGCACUACUUGGCGGAACAUCAUGAAAAGGCACCGGAAAUCUUGCGUACAGGGAAAUCAUUCUGUCCGCGUUCCUCCGCAGGGAACAGAGAAAUGACUGCCGAUGGAGAAACGGAGACAGGGACGCGCUUAGUGAACAGAUCUAGAGGUAAAACCGAUACGGGAUGCACUGAAAGAGAUCAGCCGGGGGCACAUACGACUUCGACAACGAAUUCUAUGGCACAAGACGAGCGUGGUAUAUCUGACAGUAUGCUGGAGUUUCGACCUGCCAAAUUGAAUGCUUAUGCAUUGCACAUGGACCAAAGGCCAACGCGGAACCAGGGACCACGAAGAAGCGAAGACGCUCGAAAGCGAUCCCCUGAAGAGAGUCGAGAAGUCGCACCGCUGAGGAGAUUGGACAAUCUCGAAGAAUGGUUGUCCGAGGAAUUCAGCUCACAAGACGAGUUGUGCACAAAGGGAGCUGGCAAAGAGCGGCUUGAGCUGGAAGGCUGCGAAGACAUUUUCGCUGGAGGCGUGUGCCGAAUUGAAGAAACAAGAAAGGAUAACUAUAGUAAAUACCCUGUGGAGAACGACAAAUCUAAAUUCAGUUGCAACAUCCUUCGUGAGCGGAAAGUGGGUGAUGACUCGGUCGAGAGCGAGACCCUUUCGUCUCCAUGGAUUGCAAGCGCAAGCGCUGAAACUUACGAUGGGGAUGAGCUCCGCGCAGAAGAAGAGAUAGCCCUUGAAGCUCUCAGACAGUACACGCGGCGGGUGGCCCCAAUUCGGGAGAAUGCAGUCAUGGUGCCUGACGCCAACGGUGACUUCACGACUUAUGAGGGAGGUGCGGGUUUUGCCGAAGGACGGUUGGCCGAUAGCCGUACCGAGGGUUAUUCGAAGCUUAUGGCGGGGGUAGACCAGGAUGAAGAGUUAUUCACGGAUGCUUUAACGAGCCCUUCGGGGCACGUGGAAACUGGACAGCUUCAGCGAGCUUGCAAUGCCAGAGAAUGUUUCGAGGCAAAGAGUAACGCCACGAAAAUGGAGCUUAUCCAGUGUAGUGGCGCGAGUCUUCGAGGCAGCCCGCGAACGCUGGAGGAGACAGAAGAGGGAAUGGCAUCAAAUGGGCGGAGACGCCAACAGGCAAUCGAAAGCGUCCCGCGGCAGUUCGCACAAGGAAGAACGCGGUCGGUGCGCCGUUGUGACGAGGAACCGUCGGACCGAGUUUGGCCGAGUCUUCCAUCUUUUUCGCAUGCUUGGAGACAGGGCAUUGACACGCUCGACAGCGACGAAGAUGACAGUUACGGCGAUAAGACUGGACCCUAUUUCCAUGGAAUCUGUACUAGCGUGAAACUCUCUCCUAAGGGAAACAUUCCGUACGGCGGCAGUGAUCGAACAACAACACGCCACACAGCACAGGCGAUAAGACAGUGUCGGGACACGUCCGAUGGCCAGAUUAAAUCCAACGGGAAGAAGCUAAGGGCAGAGUUGUUUUUCAAGACACUGAUGGACCAAACACGAGCUCGAUUAGAGAGACACCUGGCAGAAGAAGAGUUUUCUGGGUUGCGUGACUCUUCUGGACUACGAAGAGCCAUGAAAGCGUACGAAGAUGUGAAACAGAUGGCGAUGGAAGUGCGAGAUAUGAGAAAGGAAAAUCAACUUUUGAGACAGGCGGUGUUCAACAGCAGACGCAAGAUGGAGACGAUUGUCGGCGGACUUGAAGAAAUGAGCCAAGACGAAAGGACGCUGCGAACGGCAUUAUCGUGGUUCAUAACAAACGACCUUCAGUUAGGAGUGCCCUCUCAUGAACAGCAUCUUUCUAGUGCUGCUUUGGACUCUAACGAUUUUCAAACACAGGCAGCUUCUUCUAAGCAAGCGUUAUCGGAUUCGCCUCCACAGCUCAUGGGGACCGAGAACGACAGGCCCGUGUCUCAUGAUUUGUCACCAGCGGAAGCUCUUGAUGACAAACGUGUAGAGGAUGUUUCCUCAGAAAUCCCUCUCAAGUCUCCAAAUGAUGUGUCUAAAAGCAAUGAAGGAUUUUCAAAUUCUGUAAUAAAACGUCCAAAUCCAGAGGCGAUCCAGCCGAUCCAAGACACAGAGCAGACGGCUAGAUCCCUCAAACGAGCGACGCGCCUUGUCAAGAUACAGGAGAAACGCAUCGCAGCCCUUGAAGAGCAGCUUUUUGAGCUCACCAAAAGAUGCAUGUACCUGGAAGAGUUGGAUGAUGCGAUGUGGGGACUAAUUGAAGAACGAAUGGAAAAUGAUACCAGGAUAACAGAGAGGAUCAAGGAAACAUAUGAGCGAUCCUGUGCACAACUGAGAGCACGCUUAGCGGACGCAGGAGCCGCGGAAGUGAUCGACAAAUAACACACUGCCUUGUCACCGCCGCAAGUGAGGGCAGAGAAAAUACAAUGAAUUGAUUGUAAUCAUCGUCCGUAAUGUCAGUGACAAUGAGCCUGGCAUGUGCGUUCGUGACUAGGUAGUGGCCAGCGAAGGAUACGAGAAGCGAUAAACGCUACAGAACAAGGAGAAGUAUGAGAAAACUAUUUUAUGUGAGGUUUUUCUUCAAGUUUGCCGUCGUAGGCAAAAUAGAUAGAGAUCGUUUCAGUGCAGCUCCGUUCGCAGUGAGGUGCAUGCCCGUGUCGCACUAUAUUCUUGAACGAUGACGGUUUCUAUCAGUUUCGAACAUUCCUCGAACAAGGCUUGUAAAUAUACCUCGUGUAUCGGUUACCUGGCAGCUGCCACAAUCAUGGUGUCCUGCAGCAAACACGCAUAUGCUGGCUUGUCAUAACACAGCUGGUCUUUUGUGGUUCACCAACGUCAGUAUGACGCUCAAGAGUUACGAG